AUGUGUGCUGUUAGCCAUCUAGGAACAUUCCUUGUGGUGAUCCUAUCGUUCGGAACCAUAAUCGGGGCCACGUAUCUUGAGCGUCCAUUAUGGCUGGCGGAUAAGGGCAAACCAAUGACUGCCCCAUUCGCCUACGGUGAUUUGUUCGCCCGUCAGGGCCAGUUGGAACAACAACAAGGUUUUCCAGAAUUGAUUAUUUCUCCUCGUCCGGCUGUACCGGUUAGCGACAAAGACGAACAUCAGCAAUGGUCGCAGCAUCGCGAGCAAGAGAUCCCUGGACAACGUCCUGUGCUUGAGCGUUCGCAAUCGAACAAACCAUCGGUUGAAAACGUUGCCGAAGAAUAUUUUGGAUCGAGCAAUCUAAACGUUCAAGCGCGAAAACCAUUCGUGGGUCAAAGCGAAAUGGGAGGUGGUCAGCCUUCGAUUCCAAACCCACAAGAGCAGCAGACUGAAUAUCAAAAGACGUACUUUCUUCCCACUCAACCGGAGUUAAAUGAUUUUAAGUCGAGCCAGCUUAAACCUGAACGAGAACAGCAUCCCUCUGACGCGCAGCCGUGGAAACAGUCUGGUCUGUCCUGGGAAGAUUCCCAAGGUUCUACGAAUCAGAUGCAAAACCACCGUCAAGAGGGACAAGACGCCUAUCAGCCGAGCCUAAUGCGACCUGAUGCGUACCAACCAGGCCAACCUAAACCGGAUGCCGAGCGGCAACUGUCGUAUUAUGGGCAACAAUUGAGCCAGCCGAAUUGGCAAGGCUCUCAGCCCAGCGAGCCGAAACCUGAAUUGGUCAAACCGAAGCCGGUUGAUUUGCAACCAGCACCUGAGGUAGGAUUUGAAACGCAGUACCAGCAGCAUCGGACGCAGGACGGACAACGGCCACUUAAACCAAACCAAGUAAGACCCGAUGCUCAGCAAGCCAGCCAAUCCAGACCUGAUUUUGGUCCACAAAUGGCGCUGUUUGGACAGCAACCUUUCCAAUCGGGUCAACCAAGGCCUGAUGGUGGGUAUCAAAUGCCUAACUUUGGGCAGUGGUCCGGCGAAGGACAACAACAUUUCCCUUCGAACCAGCCAAACAUAGAGAAGCUCAUGCCGAACGUUCCGAAACCUUUCCAACCUAAGCCCCAAGAAUUUCAGCUGGUCCCUCAGGAGCCCGAAAAAGGGUAUCAAAUGUCAUAUCAGCUCCCACGUCCCCAAGAGGAACAGUCUCCGUACAAACCGAAGCCGGUGCGGCCAGAUGCAUACCAACCAAGCCAACCGAAACCUGACGCAGAACCUCAGCUGCCAUUCAAUGGCCAAUGGCCGCAUGAUGGGCCUCAGCCUUUCAAGCCAACUCAGCCGAAGCCAGUGAACGAACGUCCGGUGCAGUACUGGGGACAGGCUCCGACAAAUGAGCAGUCUACAGUUCAAUCACAAAAGCCAUCGGAAAUAGCGAAGCCACAACUGGAAAACAAACCUCCUGCCUUCCAAAACUCGCCAAACUAUCCAUACCAGCAGCCUUUUGAAGGAAAUCAAGCACCUUUCCCGCUGGAACAGGGAGCUCCCGGAAGUUUGUUUGGAUCGCAGUCGCCAGUGAAACCGAGGUACCCGGGUGAACAAGCCAUUGAUACUCCUUGGCAAGCCUCGCCGCCUAACCGAGCUCCUCAGCCGCAAGUAAACCGUCAGCCUCAACCUCAGCGGAAUCCGGAACGACCGAUUCGUCCUGCCGAGCGUGAGCAAGAACAAACGCAAUACCAACCUAAUCGCAUGCCAACGAAUCCCUGGGAGAUGCAAAAUCAGCAGCAGCAGCAGCAAUAUCAAGAGCAACAGUAUGAGCCACAGCUACAAAAUCAACAUAAGCAGCAACAGAACCAACAGCAGCAGCAGCAACAACAGCAGUAUCAGUUACAGCAGCAGCAACAGCAACAACUGCUGCAACAGCAAUUGCAACAGCAGCAUCAACAACUGCAGCAGCAACAAAAACUACAGCAGCAA